AUGGCCGAUACCUCCCCGCCCUCUCACAGGUCCCCCACGUCGGGAUCCGCUACGGGCCGCUCGCGGAGAGAGAAGCCCCGCCUUGAAUUGGCUGCUGAUCAGCCUCUCACCACCCAGGGAAAGCCUCGAAUGCGUGUGUAUGUUGCAUGCGUUCAGUGCCGAGGCAGGAAAAUCCGUUGCGACGGAGCUAAGCCCGUUUGCCACAACUGCAGCCGUAGGACAGAGAACCCUCACCUCUGCACAUACGAUACUGCGCCCAAGCGGCGCGGACCCGACCGAGUCCCUGGGGCGCGCCAGCGUUCGGCGGGAGGCAUUGGUGAGAAGCCGCCCAGGCGGCGGAGGCGUCACCAAACGCAGGACGGCCCGGACCAGCUCUUCAUGACGUCGCAAAGUGCCUCCGUGAGUCCAGUAGAGGCGAAACCGACGUCGUUUAGCCCGACGGGCCAGGCCUUCUUGGCCAACACGUCUGCGCCUCACUCAGACAACCUGACCAUCAUCCAGGAGGUCGGGCCCGUCCAUUAUGGCAGGCACCGGCAGGGCUUACCUGAGUCCAGUCGCGCUUCGAUGCCGACAGGCGUCGGGACACACUAUCCUCAGCCUCACAACCUCACCCAAGCGGCCGCUUUUGAAGCGAUGUCGCUCGGGUCCCCUCUAUCCGACGCGCCCGUUGGUUCCGUGGGUUACCCUUUGGUCGCACCACUUCAUCAUGGACUUCUUCUUAGGCAUGUCACCGGUUCGGACGACGAGUUUUCUUAUGGCGACAGCGGCGGUGGAGAUGAGGACUGCAAGGGUGUGGGGAUCGCGAGGGAUCCUGGGUUACAAUUUACUCGCGAGACGUGGUGGGACGCACUCCUUCUCCUGUACGCGAGCGAGGGCGGCACCGCGCCUCAAUACGGCGCCUCCGUGACGAUGCCGCCGGGUGUGCGGGAAACCACCACGGCGAGGAUCACGGCAGAUCUCCGCUUCAUCUUCCGUGCGUCGCCGCAUUGGCUGCAUUUCAUCAACCUCCCGCGCUUUUUCGGUUCUCUGCUGGAUCCGCGUGCGCGCCAUUAUAUACAACCGGGUCUCAUCCUGGGGGCUCUCGCGCUUGCUAUGUUUUUCAGAAGUCACGAUGGGGAAGGUGGGCUGAGGGGGAGGGAGCGGGCGUUGACCUUGAGGGACCAGGCACAGAGCGCGCUGGAGGCGAGUCUGAAUUCCCGAUGGGUCGACCAUGGUCUUGUUCAAGCCGCAUGGCUCCUUGCAUUCUUUGAAAUUUGUGCGCAUCCGCUGCAUUCAACAGCCCGCGUCCGCUCGUCGAUGGGGUUGCUGGACUCUCUACUCCGGAGCCUGAAUCUUCUGGCGCUGGACUCGGGCAACCCUAAGGCCUCCGUGUUCUCCACCGUUGUCCCAAUUAUAUCCACCAGGUCGCCAAGGCAGCUCCGGCCACUGUCCCCCGAGGACUCGUCUUUCCCCCGGACCUCACAGUCACCUGUCGAUUCUCGGUCCUUGGCCACUCACGGGUGGUCGCCAAUAGAGCGACAAUCCGCAGCGGCUACUUCGUCCUGCAGUUGUACCGCCUUCACUCUGGGACACUCCUGGGCCAUGGUCCACGAAAUCGCGCCCCUCUGGGACAUGACGCCUACCUGGCAGAGCGAGUGGACCGAGAGCGAUAUCCGCAUGGAGGAGUGCCGGCGGCUCGUCUGGAGCAGCGUUAUGCUCAGCUCCGGACACAGUUCCUACACAGCGGCGCGUUCGGAGAGCGAUGUGCAGCAAUUGUUCAUGAUGGAUCCGCGGAACUACGCACUCCUCUUUCCCGGAGAAUCGCUCACUUGCGUCGAUGGCUCUCCCGAUAUCCCGCCGCCUUCUAAGGACUCCGUCUGGGCGCUCUACAUGCGGGCCAUGCUGCUAUGGAACAGCUGCAUCCGGCUACGCACCGACACGAGCUUACCAGACACGGACAAGGCACAGUUCGCACUGACGGCCUGGACGGAGAUCGAGGCCAUCGAAGAGGCGUUAGGAAGACACACCUGCGGCAUCGAACGCUCGUUCCUGUUUCAGGGUCGGGAGCUGCUGUUCAACUCGCGGAUGGUCAUCGCGUAUGAAUUUCAGCGGUGUUUGCCCCAGCCCACGCAACAUGCCAAUCUGCUGUUCUAUCGGCGAAAGGCGGAGGAGUGGCUGACACGCCAGGCCAUCCUCGCUAAACGCCUCGCUAACGCGGACUACGGCUCGGUCACCGGCCUGCCCACCGCAGAUCUAACCAAGCGGCCGUUUUUGCUGUUCUGGUUCAUGUCCUUGAUUGAGAGAGCGUUGACACUCUGGUCGUACGAUCAGUCACUGGGCUUCGCGCUCGACGUCGCCAAGACUCUGUCGCAACCGGUGGAAUACCUGAUGACGCUGUGGCCUUGCGCAGAGCAGCGCCGACGAUGGGAGGACCUUCAAGAGAAGCUCAACCGUUCGCUCUUUGCAGCCACUGUGCCUGUUCCCCCCUCUGCUGUCUCCAUCCCUCCGCCCGGUGCCGCCUAGAGCUAGAGUCCUAUCCCCCCAUCCGAAGCAUUGCCUCAGCCCCGGCCACAACACAGUUGGCUCCCCUGAACAGGAUGCCAUAUCGCCAUAUCUAACAUCCUGCUGUGUUGUGACUCAUCGUGUGCUUGCAUUGCUUUCUGGUGCGUUCACCUCGCUUUCGUUUACGUACUUACG